CGUUCAGGAUUUUCGGACUUUAGUUGUGGAGUCAUUUAAUACGUCAGAGGCGUUACUGAUCCCUACUUCACUAGUUUAUUUGCAUGUUGCUACUUUGUAAAAACACGCUUUCUCUCUAAAAAAAGAUUCAUUUUGACGCAAUGGCGCUGCUCAGAGGACUGACUGUGUUAAAUAGAGUUUCUCCAAACAAGUGCUUCAUACCAGCACGACUGUUUGGAAAUGGGACAAACACUUUAUACCAAAGCAAUCCUCCUCAAGCUAGAUUCUUCCCACCUUCUGAACGUGUUAUGCUUCUCCCAGGAACUUACAAAAACAAAGUGGCCUUCAUCACUGGAGGAGGAACAGGACUUGGAAAAGCCAUGACCACCACACUGUCUUCACUAGGAGCAGAGUGUGUGAUAGCCAGCAGAAAUCUUGACGUUUUGAAAAAAACAGCUGAUGAAAUCACACAACAGACAGGAAACAAGGUCCAUGCCGUCCAGUGUAAUGUUAGAGACCCUGCUUCAGUGGAGGCUGCUGUUAACAAGCUUGUAAAUGAUGUCGGCCUGCCUGAUGUGGUGAUAAACAAUGCUGCUGGAAACUUCAUCUCUCCUUCAGAGAAGCUUUCCCCCAAUGCCUGGAGAACCAUCACUGACAUAGUGCUGAACGGCACCGCAUAUGUCACGCUAGACAUCGGGAAACGCCUCAUCAAAGCUGAGAAAGGUGCUGCAUUUCUGGCCAUCACCACAAUCUAUGCUGAGAGUGGCUCGGGAUUUGUUGUGCCAAGUGCUGCGGCUAAAGCUGGAGUGGAGAAGCUUUGCACGUCUCUGGCAGCAGAGUGGGGCAGAUACGGCAUGCGAUUCAACAUUAUUCAACCAGGACCAAUCAAAACCAAGGGUGCCUUUAGCAGAAUGGAUCCCAUUGGUACGUUUGAGCAGGUGAUGUUAGAGAAUAUAGCCGUGGGUCGUCUGGGUACUCCUGGAGAGAUCGCCAACCUUGCCGCCUACCUCUGCAGCGAUUAUGCCAGCUGGGUAUCAGGCGCGAUCAUUCGAAUGGAUGGCGGUGAAUAUGUUUCCCUUGCUGGCGAGUUUAAUGGCAUGAAAGAGGUCACACAGGAGCAAUGGGCCAUAAUGGAAGCAAAAAUCAGAAACACAAAAGGAUCAUAAACCUCUGAAACUGCAGUAACUCAGCAUUAAUGACAGUCCUGAUCUCAGUCUCCCACAGGGGAUUAACUAUUUUGAAUUAUGAUUUUUAGAUUGUGUAAAUUGAGACUUUAAUUGUCUUGGCACAUAAAAAUAUCCACCCAGUGACAUUUUUAUCACACUGAAUUGUUGUGUGAAUUUUUUGAGCUGUGCUGAAUUCUAGAUUUGUGUACUUUUUGAUCAGUCUGCCAUUUCUGCCUUAACUACCCAUUGUAACAAUGGCAAUUACAUUAUGUAUGCUGUAAACAUGUAGGUUACCUUUAUGGUAGAUAUGAGUUUGGUAUACAUUAACUCGUUUGAUGCUUAGAAAUUAAUUUUGUUAAAAAUAUGUAUUCUGAAGAAUAAAUUCUGCCUUAAUUCUUG